AUGUGGGAGGGCCUCUCCCACACGCAGCUGCCUGGCCUUUCCUGGGAGGAUGAGUAUCAGCUGCAGCGCUCUAUUGGCAGUGGGUCCUUCGGUCAAGUCUUCUUGGUCCUUCACAAAGAGGAGCAGCGGGAGUACGUCCUGAAGAGCAUCGAGCUGCAAACGGCAUCGGAUGAAGGGCGUCAGCAGAUGGAACUGGAGGUCCAGCUGCUACGGACCAUGCAGCAUCCAAACAUCGUGGCUUAUCGCGAUUCCUUUAUCGAUCGUUCCGGGCACCUUUGCAUAUUGAUGGAGUACUGCGAGCAUGGGGACAUCUUUACCCACCUGCAGGACUUGCGUCGCACGCAGAUACCACACGAGUCGCAGCUCUUGGAAUGGUUCACUGAGAUUGUUUGGGCGCUGCAAUCGCUGCAUCAGCAGAAGAUCCUGCAUCGUGACUUGAAGACCCAGAAUAUCUUCCUGGCCGGGAGUCGGCCUCCUUUGGCCGCCAAGCUCGGCGACUUUGGAGUGGCUAAGGUCCUGUCUUCCACCGCGGACCUGGCUAAAACGCAGAUUGGAACGCCCUUCUACAUGUCUCCAGAGCUCAUCAAUAGCCAUCCCUACAGCUACAAGAGUGAUGUAUGGGGCUUGGGCUGCGUCUUGUAUGAGAUCGUGAAUGGUCAUCGAGCCUUCGAUGCCCAGAGCUUGAACGGACUGGCUUUAAAGAUCAUCAAGGGCAGCUACACGCCCAUCUCAGCCAGUUGCAGUCAAAGCACCAAGCAGCUGAUCCAGGCGAUGUUAACGAAAAAUCCCAGCCACAGGCCGUCGCUGAAAGAGAUCCUUCAUAUGCCUUUGAUCCGGUCCAAGAUCCUGCCAGCCUACAGGAGCUCGAUCGCGGCUGGAGCUGCGGACGCCAGGCCGGGUAUGGCGGGCACCUGGCUGGCUGGCGCUCAAAGCCAACGAGAUGGGGAAGAAAUGGAGGAAUUUCCAAAAGCGACCUUUGACAUCCAGGGUAAGUUGGAUGCAUCAUACCAGAAGAACAAAGAGGAGCGCCGGACGACGCGCUGCGACACCGGCGCGGCCGGUUGCCCCUUUGGCGGAACGCCUGGCGCCAGCCGCGGCAGCUUCACACCGGAGGCAGCGCUUCCAGUUCGGACGCUGGUGGAAGGACAGGACUUCGCGGUCUUCCAGCGCCAUGGGGCCACUGCACGAGAGGCCUCACUGAAGGAGAUGCUGGAAACCUUGGCAUCCUCUGCUGGUAUGCGCGCCAUUUUGAUGGGUGAAGUCCAUGAUGAUGCAGUGACACAUCUCUUGCAGCUUGCAGUGCUGAAACACCUGAGGCGACAUGGCCAGCGAAGGCUAAUCCUCUCGAUGGAGAUGUUCGAAAUGGACGUGCAGGAGGUGCUCGACGAGUAUGUCUUGCACAAGGCCAUUCGUGAGGAAGACCUAUUAAUGGACUCCCGUCCCUGGGGGAACUACUUGGAGGACUACAGGCCAUUGGUCCAGUUCUGUCGAGACGAAGGCAUCCGUGUGAUUGCCGCCAACGCGCCGCGGCGCUACGUCUCGAUGGUCUCUCGGAAGGGCGAGCAGUUCUUGCGAGGGCUUGAGGCAAAUGGGUGCCGCUCUUUGCUACCUCCUUUUCCACUUCCUCUUCCCAGUCCAGCCUAUCGAAGAAAAUUCGAAGAAACCAUGUCCAUGCCCACCUUGCAGAGUGACACGGGUGGCAGCUGUCCUUUCAUCGGCUUUUCCAGCGAGGAUUUGCGAAGCGUGCGGCCUGAAACCAUGCAGGCGCAACUCCUGUGGGAUCAUGCCAUGGCAAAGUCUGUGGCUGAAGCGCUUCGAGCUGACCCGGAGGCGCCGGAAUGCGUGGUCUUGCAUUUGUGUGGCGCCUUCCAUUGCGCUCAUGGCUUGGGCAUUCCAGAAGCCUUGCCACGCUAUUGCCCUCAGCUUCAUCCGGAGGCAGAGGUGUUGCACAUGGGCCCAAAGAGGUGUCCUGAAGGCGUGACCAACAUUAUUUGUUGGCCCGGCUCCGUGGGUGCUACCCUGAAGGCGGUCCGUGGUGGCUCAGUGCCCAAACCCUUGGAAACCAUGGGCGACUGGGUCAUCAUCACCGAAGAGACCUUCCAGGAGACAAAAACCUGA